GAGGAGCUGGUGGAGCUAAUCAUGAGUCAGCAUUCCUCACCUUCCAGUAGCUCCGCCCCCAACACACCCAACGUUGACCUGCCCACGGUGACCCCUGACCCAACACCACGCAUUUCUGAGCCUCCUGUCAUCACGCCAAUCUCUGACCCGCCCACUCCAGAACCAGAAGUCCCGCCCCCAACCCAGGAAACCCUACAGCCUGAGCUGGACCAACAGGAUGAAGACCAGAUCUGGGACCCUGAGGAGGCCCCGGUCUCGGGCCGCCGGGCCUCGCUGUCGGACCUGAACCAUGUGGACGACAUCGAGGCGCUCAGCGUUCGGCAGCUGAAGGAAAUCCUGGCCCGGAACUUCGUCAACUACAAAGGCUGCUGUGAGAAGUGGGAGCUGAUGGAGAGAGUGACCCGGCUGUACCAGGACCAGCAGAACCUGCUGGCUGCCAACUCUGUGAACACCACAGAUGAUGACGGUUCUGGCAGAGGGACGUCGGGUCCAGAGGACAACCUGUGUAAGAUCUGCAUGGACUCGCCCAUCGACUGCGUCCUGCUGGAGUGUGGACACAUGGUCACCUGCACCAAGUGUGGCAAGAGGAUGAACGAGUGUCCCAUCUGCCGGCAGUACGUGAUCCGGGCCGUGCACGUCUUCAGGUCCUGAAGGACCUGCAGGACCGACUGUAAGUCCCAGAGGAGGAUGCUCAUACAGAACCCCAAUGAUUCCUCUGAACUCUAAUCUGGUGUGAUUAAAGCGUUUGGACCUUCAGACUGCAGCUGCUGUGAAAACUCUCCAUAGACCUGAGGACUGGUCCAGGUUCUGAAGCUCUGAGGACCUGAGCAGGACUCAUCCAGCAGCUCAGUGUAGCUGGACUCACCGUGUUGCCUUUCCCUCUGCAGAGGUCUCAGUUUGUUUACAGAGCCACGCUGAUCAGGUCUCUGUGGGACCUGCAGGACUCACAAUCAGUC